AUGGAGGUGGUGGACGAGACGGAGGCUCUGCAGCGGUUUUUCGAAGGCCACGACAUUAAUGGAGCUCUGGAACCAUCAAACAUCGACACUAGCAUCCUGGAAGAGUACAUCAGCAAGGAGGACUCACCAGAUAUCUGUUUCCCUGACAUCCCUGCUUCAGCCAGCUAUGCACACCCCCAGCCCUCCAGCUCAACCACCGUCAACGCGCCUCUUGCCAGCUCCAUCGCCAAUGUGACCAACCCCGCUUCCAACGGUUCCCUCCACCUUCCUCCCCCGGGCAGCCAGAUCCCAAUCCGGCAUGGUCCUCUUCUGGCCAACCCUUGUGGACCAGGCUACGGUGCUCACCUCAACUGCAAUAACAACAAUGGCAUGGUGGUCCCCAAGGGCUACCUUGGCGGCCACUGCCUAAACAACGUGGUCCCUCCAAUCAAAUCAGAGCCCAAGGCCUCCUACGCACCUGGCACUUUACCUGACUCUCCCCCGGACUCUGGAUCAGAAGCCUACUCCCCUCAGCAGGUGAACGAUCCCCACCUUCUCCGGACCAUGACCCCCGAAAACAUGUGCCACAUGACUCCCCCUUCUCGCCUGGAGCACCCUCCUCCGCCGCCUCCACCUCCACCCCCCCACCUUCAGGGUCCCCCGCCGCCACCUCCUCACCCGCACCAGCAGCAGCACAACCCUCACUACCCCAGCCUGCAGCGGGACAUGUACAUGAAGGCUGAGCCCCUGAUGCCGCCCUACGGCAUCGGGCAGGGCAUGGCGCCUGCCGAGCUCCACCACGCCCAGCAGUCGCAGAUGCUGCACCAGCUACUCCAGCAACACGGAGCGGACCUCCCAGUGCACCCUGCCAAGAAGCGGAAACACUCCGAGUCACCCCCCAACACCCUCAAUGCACAGAUGCUCAACGGGCUGAUAAAGCAGGAGCCAGGUAUGGGGUCCGUGCCACUCAACCCUGACAGAGUCCAAACGCCUCCCUGGCACCAGCCGGGAGCACUCUCACCAGGCCUGAUUCAAGAUAACGACAGCUUGAACGGCUCCUACCUGGAUCCCAACUACCAGUCCAUAAAGUGGCAGCCACAUCAACAGAACAAGUGGGCAACUCUGUACGAUGCCAACUACAAAGAACUCCCGAUGCUCACCUACCGCGUAGAUGCUGACAAGGGGUUCAACUUCUCAGUGGGCGACGAUGCCUUUGUGUGCCAGAAGAAGAAUCACUUCCAAGUCACGGUCUACAUCGGCAUGCUUGGAGAUCCCAAGUAUGUGAAGACCCCCGAGGGCCUGAAACCCUUGGAGUGCUUCUACCUGAAGCUGCACGGAGUGAAGCUAGAGGCCUUGAACCAGUCAAUCAACAUAGAGCAGUCGCAGUCUGACCGCAGCAAACGGCCCUUCAACCCUGUGACGGUCAACCUGCCUCCAGAGCAGGUCACCAAGGUCACCGUGGGGCGGCUGCACUUCAGCGAGACCACAGCCAACAACAUGCGGAAGAAAGGCAAACCCAACCCAGACCAGAGGUAUUUCAUGCUCGUGGUAGCCUUGCAGGCACAUGCGCAGAACCAGAACUACACGCUGGCAGCCCACAUCUCUGAGCGCAUCAUCGUCAGAGCCUCCAACCCCGGCCAGUUUGAGAGCGACAGCGAUGUGCUCUGGCAGCGAGCACAGCUCCCCGAUACCGUUUUUCACCACGGCCGGGUUGGCAUCAACACAGACCGCCCCGAUGAAGCCCUCGUGGUCCAUGGCAAUGUGAAGGUCAUGGGUUCGCUGAUGCACCCUUCAGACGUCCGAGUGAAGGAGGACAUCCAGGAGGUGGACACCACAGAGCAGCUGAAGAGGAUCUCCCGCAUGCGGCUAGUACACUACAACUACAAGCCCGAGUUUGCGGCCACAGUGGGCAUUGACAACACCUCUGAGACAGGCGUCAUUGCUCAGGAGGUAAAGGAGAUCCUCCCUGAAGCUGUGAAGGACACCGGCGACCUGGUCUUUUCCAAUGGGAAGACCCUUGAGAACUUCCUGGUGGUCAACAAGGAGCGCAUCUUCAUGGAGAACGUGGGAGCCGUGAAGGAGCUGUGCAAACUGACAGACAACCUGGAGACCCGCAUCGAUGAGUUGGAGAGGUGGAGUCACAAGCUGGCCAAGCUCAAGCGACUGGACAGCAUGAAGUCAACCGUGAGCUCUGGGGCAUUCAGCCAAACAGGAAGCCAGUUCAGCCGUGCGGGAAGCGUACCCCACAAAAAGAGGCCCCACAAAGUAGCCAGCAAGUCACCGUCGGUUGUGCCGGAACAGGCCUGCAUCAGCCAGCGCUUCCUGCAGGGCACCAUCAUUGCCCUGGUCAUCAUCAUGGCAUUCAGUGUGGUGUCCAUGUCCACGCUCUACGUGCUGAGCUUGCGCAGCGAGGAGGACCUCGUGGAUAUCGAUGGCUCUUUUGCUGUGCCCACUGCCUGUCUCCUGGCCCUCUUUCGGCACAGGGGUCCUGGGGUCCCGGUCGCUCUAUGUCCACGGUCAAGCCAGAACUUUGAUAAGACGCAGAUGGUGCGAUCCACAGCUGCGUCGGACGGAGCCGGCGGCAGGACCCCCACGCACCACGUCACAGAGGACACGCAUGACUUCAGCUUACCCGGUCACAGUGUGCUAGCCUGCUUCAGCCCACCAUGUUUCUCCAUGUGCUGCUCUGCUGCUCCCACCAACGUCUCCUCUGUUGCCCUCCCUGAGACCAGCCCCACUCAUGCCACUAACCGGACAGACCAAAGUCAGACCUCACUCCUGCCAGUGACAAAUAUCAAAGCCAAAUCCAGGGGCAUCACCGGGAAAGCGACCUCCUACUCCAAGUGGCCAAAGACGCCUGACAGGUCUCAGAGCUUCGGCAGCCCCAAUGCCAGCCCCUCCUCCCCCUUCACCCACAUCCAGGGCAAAUCCAAGUACGUCUCCAACCUCUCGCUCUCCCGCAGCAACUCCCCGCUGGGGCAGGCCCGGCAGCAGCGCAGCAUCAAGCAGCCGGUGAGCGAGUGGCCCCGCACGGAGGAUCCCGGCACGGAUGGGCCAAGCCCAGUGCUGCGCUCCGUCCGGAUCAUGGAGAUCAAUAUGGCCAUCCAGUCCCGGUACUGCGCAGCCGCCGACGCGUGCAGGACUGGAAAUUUCACCUACCGCAUCCCUGUCAACCAGCUCACAGCAGUGAACACCAACCUGACCCUGGAGAUGAACUCCUCCUCCGCUGUGUCCGUCUCCCUUUGUGGUCUUGUCUCCAGUGACCCCUGCCAGGAUGCCGCGAGCACGAACAGCUCCGCCGACGCCGCAGACGCACAGGAAACAACGCACCGUUGGCCUCUCGUCAUGAUGUCUUUCCGGGAGUUUACCUACCACUUCAGAGUAGCACAGCCUGGCCGAGCCAACUGCAGCACUGCUCCCGAGCAGAUGGGACACCUUUUCACUGACUAUUAUUUUCAGUUUUACUGGCUCUGUGAGUGA